AUGGCGUUUCCUUAUAUCGACACGCCGCGCACUGAAAUCGACGGGAACGCGACUUAUCUCACCAACGGCUUUCGCAGCGUCGGAAGAACACACCUAUCGGCUCUAGACUCAGUGGAAAACUCCUUUCAUACUCCCUCGAAGGACAACGAUGUGCUCAAGGGAUUUAGCAAUGGGAGAAGACGCGUCUCCGAUAGCAACAAACUCGGCACCCCGCGCGCCAACAAUUCCAAGUCAGCAAGAAGCGCGUUAAGACACCUUCCUGCAGCAGGAGCGGCCAAGGGCGAGUUCACACCAUUGAUGAAAAGCGCGACGAAGAACAAUUACCUCAAGAAUAUCUCCACCACUCGAGGGGCGGACGGUCCGAAGACUCCGGGUUACAUGCGAGAAACCAGUCGCUUGGCCCAUACUCCUGGGCUGCCACCCAUUGAUAUGUCUGAUAUAUACGAGGAGGAUAUGACCGCCGAUGAACCGACACCGCUUCCUCAAGCCGCCAGCAGCAGUGUGCAGAGUACUCCACUUCCGGGGCUGGGCCGUGGCGGUGGAGGUGUCCUGGGUGAUGGGCAAAAUAUGACUCUGAAAGAACAAGAGAGAAUUAUCGACAGGCUUGACAAAGACAACUGGAACCUCAAACUGAAGAUCCACUACCUCGAAGAGCAACUGGAAAAGGCCGGACCGGAAUACAACAGCACCGCACUCAAGGAGAACACCGAACUCAAAGUUCUAAAGUUGACGAUGCAGCGCGAUAUCUCUCGGUACAAAAAGAGCCUACUACAAGCCGAACACAAUUUGGAAGACUACCGCCAACAGCUUGCAGAGAUGAGAGAGAAAGCCCGACGGGGACAGACUGACGAAGAGGUACAACAUGAAAUGGAUCUGAUGCGCGAGGAGGUCGAUAUUCGGGAUAAGGAGAUCAGAGAAUUAAGGGAAGAGUUGAGAUUGGUCAAGGACGGGCAAUCCCAAGAGGUCGAUAAACUCCGAGACGACGUUGAGGAUUUGGAGGCAGCGGUCCGAGAAAAGGAUCGAAUCAUCGACGAGCGCGACGAGCAGUUGGAGGAGCUGAGAGAGAAUCCCAAUGAGAACAACGCAGCCACGGAACUUCAAGUCGAGCUUGAUCGGGCCAAAGAGCAUCUCCAGGAACUCCAAGACAGUCUCGAGAAGGCAAAAUUAGACGUGGAUGAAGCGGCCUACACAGCAAGGCAGGCUGUGGAGGAGAAGAAUCGCGCUGAAGAUGAUCUUCGAGAAUUGCAGGACGAGAUGUCAAACAAGUCAUUUACAACAAAGGGACUUAGUCGACAGCUUGAAGAAAGAGCCGAACAGCUUGAGGUGGAUAUGCAUGAUCUGCAGCGAGAAAACGAAAGCCUUAGGACUGAACUUGAAAGCAAAACUCAGUUAGUAGCUCAGCUGGAGGAGCGCUACCAUAAUAUCCAGCAAGACCUGAAGAGCAAUGCCGGGAAGCUCGGCGAGGACCUGGAAUUGGCCAGGCGCGAACGAGACUCGGCAGUCAGGGAUCGUGAACAGACAGCUAUGCGUCUACAAGAAGCCCUCGAUGACGCCCAACGCCGGACAGAAGAGAAGGAACUCUUGCAGACUCGACACCAAGCCUUGACGGAUGAGUCAGGAGGUCUUCAAGGCGAACUGAAUCGAGCGCAAUCCAGGAUUCGCGAACUUCAGCAAGCAGUCGAGGAGGCCACCAACCGCGCACAAGAUAAUCAGAACCUGCGCUGGCAACACAAGGUGGAGAUAGACCGGUUUCGGGAUGAGAUUGAAGCUCUUCGGAAUGAAAUCGAGGACAAAGAAGGCAACUUUGCGCUCGAGCAAGACCGUUGGGACAGCACCAAGCGCACAUUGCAAUCUCAAAGGGAGCGGGCUGAAGAGCAAGCAGCAGGCUACAAGCGGACGCUCGAGAGACUCCAGGCAGCGGAACACAGCCUUUCAGGGAAAGAGCACAAGUUUCAGGACGCUAUCGAGAGUGAGAAGCAGCGCCAUACCCAGGAAGAAGCCGUGCUCAGCCGCCAAAUCAAAGAACUCGGUGACGACCUGGCACAGAAGAGACAAAUCAUCGAUGAACAACGUAACGACCUUCUUACUGUGCGGGAGGAGCUUCGUAUCUCCAAGCGCGAGGAGCAAUCACUCAAGGAAAAGAUUCAGGCAUUGGAAGACGAAGUGAUUGUCUUACAAUCUAGCCUAGCAGAUGAGCAACAGUAUGCCAAGGGCCGAUCUCAAGCAGGCUCGGCUGAUCUGGAAUUUCAACUGCAGAAAGCUCGUGAUCAGCUUGCCCAAGCUCAUGUUGAAUUGCAUGAGUUACGGACUGCUUUAGUUGAGAUGGAGACUGAGCGAAACGAACUCCAGGUCCAAAUUGAACGUGCUCACAAUGGCGAUGAAACAACCCGGUUUGACCGUGAGAAGCUUGAGCUUCGGAAGACUACCACUCGUCUAGAGAACGAAUUGAAACGACUUCGAGGUGACAAGUCGGCCCUGUUGGAGGCAAAGGAAACCCUUGAAAAUCAACUUGGCAGCGAGAUUGAAAGUGCUACAGUAGAGCAAGGUCGCCUUUCAGCUGAAAUCGAUCAUCUUCGGGACAAGCUGCUUGCUGGCUCUGGAAACCGGGACAGAGAAUUGACAUCCGCCAAGACAAAGGUGCAACGAUUUGAACGACGAAUCCAGGAGCUGGAGACGCUUCUCGCACAACAGCCACUACCUGAUCACGAACAGUCCACCACACAUGGUGAGCUGUCUGUUCUUCGUCAUAACCUGGAUGAGGCUCGUAAGCGCGAGAAGGUUCUUCUACAGCGAGACGCAGAACACAAAGCAUCUGCGCGCGCCUUGAAAUCACGAAACUCAGACUUGGAAAGAGACCUUCACGACGCCCUCAUGAACAAAUUCGACUCUGGUUCUGCGCAGAACUCGCCCUCUAACAAGCUCAAUGAAGAGUUGCGUGGUCUACGCAAGCAGCUUGCGGAAGCACACCGGUCUCUCAAGGAGGUCAAAUCUAAGAACCGCGAUCUGGAACGUGCCGCCAUGAAAGAGGAGGACCAAAGGGACCUCCAUGAGCUGCUUAAAUCGUCGACUAUUGAGGCAGAGGCUUUGGCCCUAAAGGUUUCCGAACGAGACUCGCGUUUGAAUGAGCUGAAGGGCUUAGUCCGCCGCAUCCGUGAAGAGCGCGCCUUCUGUGUUCGCAAAGCUGAAACAGCCUUGAAAGAUCUGGAAACCUUACAGCAACUUUACAACGAAGCUAUGGAAAAUGCCUCUCAAGGGAAAUCAACCAGCAAGACCCGACAUGAAAAGGAGAUGCGUGGUCUAGGCAAGGAGAUCAUCUGGCUUCGUGCCCGUCUAAAGCGUGAGGAGAAGUUCCGCCGUGAUCUAGCUUGGAGUAAGGGUCUAAUGGAACUUGGUGAACGGGUUCGCGUAGCAUGCAACGAAGCCGAUCUCCGCAUGAUAUCCGAAAUGGGCGUCCACGCUCGUGAUCGCGCCUCUGUGCACUCCCCGCGCGGCAAGUUUCGUUCUGCCAUCUCCCUAGUUAUCGCAACCGUUCGUAUGAAAAAGAUGGGUCAGGAGUGGAGGCGGACUAAAAAGCUAGGCGAGGGCUUGAAGCGGGCUAAGAGUGAGAUGCUCAAGCGUCGUGAGAGUUCUAGCAAGAGCUUGUUAGGCCAGUAG